AUUUAAGGUAAUGAGCAUCCUGCAGAAUUUGGCUGAAUCAUUGGCCCAGAAUCCUCUGCUGUGAGAGGACUGAGGUGUGAGGAAGGAGGAGCUGCUGUCUCAUACACAGACAAAGCCUCAGAAUAGUCUCCAGAAACCUCCCUGUCUCCAGGAGGAGCCCAGACAAUACCUGCAGCCAGAGACUAACCAGCAGCAUCCCCUCCGCCUGCACCGUGACAAUGCUGGACACCCUCAGCAGCCAAUAUGAUUCCUUCCUGUUCUGGAAACUUCCAAUCCCAGAACUGGAUCUCUCCGAACUGGAGUGCCUUGGCUUAGGGGAGACCACCAAGACUUCUAAAGGUGGAUCCAAAGAGGAAGACCCCCUGCUAGAGUUUACCGCCUUCAACUUCUGGCGGGAACCCAUCGCCAGCAUCGAUACCUUGGACUUCGAUCUGAUUUAAAAAAAGAAAAAGAUCUAAAAAAAAAAACAAAGGAAAAAGAAAAACCCACGGCCUUGCUGUAAUGUACCUGCCGUUCAGCCACAGAUCGCUCACAAAGCUUAUUUAAUUUAUUUGUUUAUUUAUUUAUUUUCACGACCCUGGUGGUUUCUCUGUGAACGUGAUUUUUUUUUGUUACUUUUUGUUUAUAUUUAUUAAUUUAUUAUACCUCUGAAGCACUUAGUUUUUACUCUCAUAAAGGCAGAGUCUUCCAUCUUUCGAGAUGGAAACCAUACUAAAGCCGAUUCUCUCUUAAAGGAGUAUUUACACGUACAGUAUCCUGUGCAUAUUGGAUGUGCAGGAUUUGAAGCUGCAGAUUUCAAUGUAAACUAAAUGACUGAACAUCGCUUCAAAUCCUAUUGGAUACUGUAGGUGUGAAUAGACCUUAAAGAGCUACUCCGCCCCUAGACAUCUUAUCCUCUAUCCAAAGGCUGCAUGGCGGCCGUCAAGCCCCCUUCCCAUAGACUUGCAUUGAGGGGGGUGACGUCAUGAGGGGCAUGGCCGCGACUUCACGACCCCCGCCGCCCGCUUCAAGCGGAGUACCCCUUUAAGGGUAGGGUCACACGUAACGGAUCCACAGCUUAUUGUACGCUGCGGAACGGCCAAUGACUUGACCCUAUGACUGUGAGUACAUUGCGCGUGUCCGUGGCGACUCACAGGUCCAUGUGUGAUCCAGCAGGAGGCGCACUAUAAGGUCGGGUCAUCGGCGUGUUUUACACUGUGGAUCCGUUACAUGUGACCCUACCCUAAGGGUGUAUUUAUACUAAGGGUAGGGUCAGACACAGUGCAUCCGCAGCUUAUUUAACACUGCGGAAGCACUGCCGGCAGUCACAGAGCGACUGCAGAGUGGUCGGGUAGAGCUCGCUCUUCCGUCGCUGUGUGACUGCCGGCAGCGCAUCCGCAGCGUCAAAUAUGUGUAGGACACUGUAUGUGUGAAUAAACCCGUAGAGUCUAUUUAUACAUAGAGUAUCUUGUGCAUAUUUGUUGCGCAGGAUUUCAUGCUGCAGAUUUUAUGUAAGCUAAUUGACUUAACAUAGCUUCAACUGCAGCAUCAAAUCUGUGCAGAACACUGUACGUGUGAAUAGACCAUUAAGUGGAUGUUUUCCUUGGGUUCUUUAGCCCGUCCGGCCAAAAGACUAACCAUCUGCUCUCCCUGAUGUAGAUAUUGAAGGAGCUAAGAAGUACCAGAUCUGUAUCUAAUCCUCUUAUGUUAGCCGCCUGUGAAAGGGUUUUGUAUCUGUAAGGAAAAAUUCCAAAAACUUGUGUUGGUUUGUAGAAUGUGACCACCAAUCGUAGGUGUGUGGAGGUUAUAUAGAGGUAAAAGGACGGUAAAGGAAGCUGUCUCCAGACAUGUCUGGCAGCAGCUUAUUCCUCUCUCCCCUUUCAGAACUAUGUAUGCUCAGCUGAGAAGAGCCUGCAUAUGUAUGGAGGAAUAGUUGUUAUCUGUUUAAUGCAAAAGAAAAUUGCUGAAUAGAUCUACAAUGAGCAAUUGACCCAUUAUAUAACAGAUGAGAUUGAAUGUGAUGAAUUUAAAGCAGUGUUUCCCAACCAGUGAGGCUCCACCUGUUGCAAAACUACAACUCCCAGCAUACUCAUCCUCUCGUUUUUUUGCGCAAACAUUUUUUUUACUCAGAUGAUGAAUGUGCAAAAAUGUGGAAAAAAAAUGCAAAAAAUACAGAAAAUGACAAAGGAUGCGCAAAACAAGUAGCAUAAAAACAAUCAUAAAUAUGGCGCACGGCCUUCCACACCAGAAAACCACUCAAAACAAGGCAAAAAAAAUUGCGCAAAAACAAUGAUAAAUGCUUUGGCUUGUGAAAUGGGUCUAAGUGCUAUUACAAUUUCUAAACAAUGACAAUGACAUAAAAUCCUUUCACAUGUGGCCAUCACGAGGGUUAUGAGGACACAAUAUCAGGCCCGACAGUGACCAGUCGGGUGACUGCAUAAGAUUGGUUGCUAGGGGCAACAUUGCUGUUUUUUUCUGUGCACUUGUUCUAAUUUUCUUCUGCAUCUCUGUUAAUAUGAAUGAUUUCAUAGCUUUAUCUGCAGCCCUGAGGCUCUUCUACUCCUAUGAUCCCAAUGACAAUACUUCAUGGCUGAGGUCGGGCGAGUGUAGUCAUAGGAUCACUGUGUGGAUCCGAAUGACAUCUGACAAUAUUGGCCAAUUCUUCAAGCCACCUAGAAUGUACACAUGAAAAUUGGGAUCAUCACAGUAAUACUAUGACAAGGCUGAGGGACCAGAUCUCUGACAGGAAGUCUUAUCAUAGGGUCACAGGAGCUGUAUGCUUCAGUAAUCUGAAUGUUAUAAGCCAGGAUUCACUUUAUGUUGUAGCCAGACACAAGACAAUGAGGCUCUUCAGUGUUACUCAUGUGACAAACUAAUGUAAUUUGUACUGCGCCAAAUAAAAUAUCUCCGUUGUCACUUG